AAAUCAGUUUCUUAUUGCAGUAGAACACCGGAGCGAACAGGGAAUUUCCUUGCUGUAAACUGAGCCCGACCGUUGCUCACACGGAGCAUCUGCGACAGAAGUUCGGAGCUCAUGGCGGCAAGGCAAUCAGGACUCGAUUCUUUUAGUCUAUUCUCUUCAUCUGGGGACAAAAUCCCAUUAGGUUUUGGGUAUCUUGAUUCAUCAGAGAAGCCCCUGCUGCUUCCCCUUCCUGCUUGUGUUGAAGUUUUUCCCUCUGAGGUUUCCUCAUCUGUCAAAUACACAGCGGAGCCUGUGGAUUUGAGUGGACUUACAUUGCUCAAGGGUAGGGUGAGUACUCAGGAGGUUUUCCAAUUAUCAAAUUCUGACUUGGUCCCUGGUAAAUAUGAAGGUGGCCUGAAACUGUGGGAAGGUUCACUGGAUUUAGUCAAAUCGCUACAAUCGGAGUUGCAAGAUGGGCGCUUAUCACUUAAUGGAAAGCGGGUGUUAGAGCUUGGGUGCGGUCAUGGACUUCCUGGAAUCUGGAUGGGCCUUGAGGGUGCUGCUGUCGUUCAUUUCCAGGAUUUUAAUGCUGAGGUCCUGCGAUGCCUCACUAUUCCCAAUGUAAAUGCUAAUUGUCUAAAGAAGUCUCCAUCUUUCGCUACAGAUGUGAGAGAGUGGAAUACAGAUGCAGAAUUUCGUUUUUUUGCUGGUGAUUGGAGUGAAGUUCAUCAAAUACUUCCUCAUACAUGGACCAAUGAAAAGGAGCAGAACUGUUGCCCAUCUCUGGAUCAGCCUGUUGGUUAUGAUAUUAUCCUUAUGGCAGAGACAGUUUAUUCCGUAUCUGCCCUGCCCCAUCUUUAUGAGCUUGUUAAAAAGUGUUUGAAUCGUCCAAAUGGAGUUGUCUACAUGGCAGCCAAGAAGCAUUACUUCGGAGUAGGAGGAGGGUCGAGGCGAUUUCUCUCUUUGGUGGAGAAAGAUGCUAUUAUGGAAGCUUGCCUGGUUGCUGAAGUAGCCGAUGGCUCCUCCAAUGUACGAGAGGUAUGGAAACUUCAUUUUAAGUAGGUUUUGAUUUUCCAGUUGAAGGUUUCGUCUCUUGAAAUUGUCAGUUAAGUUUGAAUGGUACUAUGAUCUCCAAAUUGAUGUAUGAUUUCUGAUCUGACUAUAUAUUACUUUGACUUAAUCCGACUCCCGUAACGUUAUUUCUUGCU